CGGCAUAUAAAGGCAAACGGAUCACGGUAUCAAACCCUCUCCAAAUCUAGAGGAAGCCUGUGUUUGAGAAGGAGUGUCUCAAGUACAAGUGCAAUCACCAAUGAUCAUGGCACCAGCUGGAGCUAAGAGAAACAUUCUGGAGCGCCUGGAUGCAGGCGAGAUUGUUAUUGGGGAUGGAGGUUUCGUCUUCGCCCUGGAGAAGAGGGGCUAUGUGAAGGCGGGUCCCUGGACUCCUGAGGCUGCCGCCGAGCACCCCGAGGCUGUGAGACAGCUGCACCGAGAAUUCCUGCGGGCGGGGUCAAAUGUCAUGCAGACUUUCACCUUCUACGCCAGCGACGAUAAACUGGAGAACAGGGGUAACGCUCAGCGCUUCACUGGCACACAAAUCAACGAGGCCGCCUGUGACCUGGCCAGGGAGGUGGCCAAUGAGGGUGACGCGAUGGUGGCGGGCGGGGUCUCCCAGACCCCCUCUUACUUGAGCUGCAAGUGCGAGGACGAGGUCAAGGGCAUUUUCAAGAGGCAGCUUGAUGUCUUCGUCAAGAAGAACGUGGAUUUCAUGAUUGCAGAGUACUUUGAGCAUGUGGAGGAGGCAGAGUGGGCCGUGCAGGUGUUGAAGACCUCCGGCAAGCCAGUGUGUGCCUCUCUGUGUAUCGGCCCUGACGGAGACCUCAACGGAGUCAGCCCUGGAGACUGUGCCGUCCGGCUGGUCAAAGCUGGAGCCAAUAUUGUGGGCAUCAACUGUCACUUUGACCCCAUGACCUGUGUGAAGACUGUGAAAAUGAUGAAGGAGGGUGUGGAGAAGGCGGGGCUGAAGGCCCACUACAUGGUCCAGCCUCUGGCCUUCCACACCCCUGACUGCAACUGCCAGGGAUUCAUCGACCUGCCAGAGUUCCCCUUCGGUCUGGAGCCCAGGAUUCUGACCAGGUGGGACAUGCACAAGUACGCCAGGGAGGCCUUCAACAUUGGCAUCCGUUUCAUCGGCGGCUGCUGCGGCUUCGAGCCCUACCACAUCAGGGCUGUGGCUGAGGAGCUGGCCACAGAAAGAGGCUGCCUGCCCGCUGCCUCAGAGAAGCACGGUAACUGGGGUGCUGGUCUGGAGAUGCACACCAAGCCAUGGGUCCGUGCCAGGGCUCGCCGUGACUACUGGGAGAAGUUGAAGCCAGCAUCCGGCCGUCCCAGGUGUCCCUCCAUGUCCACCCCUGAUAGCUGGGGUGUCACCAAGGGCCAUGCCGACCUGAUGCAGCACAAAGAGGCCACCAGCCAGGAAGAGCUCAAGCCCCUGUUUGAGAAGGCCAAGGCCAGCCACUGAGCACUCCUUUUGGGGUAGGAGAGGGAGGAGUGGAGCCCCCUGGAGGAAAACCGAAGGAGUGGUGUGUUGUGGUUUGAUAAAGGCAGAGGGGAGAACUCUCACACAUUCCCUUUGUAAAGAAGUUUACAUAUCAAAAAUAAUUACAAGUCUUAUUGUUCUGUUUUGAUUUCUAGGACCAUCUUCUUGUGAACCAAAAGUUAUUCUUAUGAUUUCAUUCAGAUUUGCAGCAUCUCUAGAUGGUAUAGCUCCAUUGCAGCAUCUCUAGAUGGUAUAGUUCCAUUGCAGCAUCUCUAGAUGGUAUAGUUCCAUUGCAGCAUCUCUAGAUGGUAUAGUUCCAUUGUAUUCUCUUCUGUAAUAAUUCUAAAGUGAUUAUGGUAUAUAUGCAUCUAAUAACUGGAUUUCAAACUUGAUAUGUGCCUUACUCAAAUAUAAUGUGACAGCAAUCAUCGAGCCAUUGAUACGUACUGUGAGUUAAACAAAUAAACCAAAACGUUGCCCCCGGUGGUGCGUCCCACAUACCUCCAGAGUGUGCUGCUGAUCUUGUGACGAUUGAAACGCAUAAGAUUAGAAAUAAAAGUGAAAGCGUGUUGCCGAAACUACUGUGACCACAAUGUUAACUAGCUGGUAAAGAAUGUAGCCUAGUUACAUCUAGUGCCCCAAAAAAUAUCUAUACCAAAUGAAAGUUGACUUCAUAACUGUAGUUUGAUUCAAUAAACUUCCACUUGACCUUG